UGGCUGCAACUCGGAUCUUGCAUCCGGGCCCGCGGCGUGAUCACGACAUCCGUCCAUGUCGCCUCACCCGUGACCCAAAGCCUUGGCCUAGGUCAGUGCGGAGGGUGUCUGCUCAAGUUGGUGCUUCGCCGGCUGCCCCUCAGGCUUCCCUCUUCUCGUUUGCAACAUUGGACACCACCGGGAGCAGCACAGCACGCCGAAAAGAUGGCCGAUCACGGCCAACCGAUCACCGUUUUCGCUGACGACAACGUCAGGAUCGCCAUCUGGCUCCUCGGCACGUCGACCACAAUCGACGACGACGAUGCCGAGGGUGCUGCUGCCACCCCCCGCGCCAAUGUUGCCCCCGCCCCCGCCGCCAUCGCUGCUGUCCUCGCAGCCGCCGAUGCCGCCACCGUCGUCGCUCCCCCCAACAACUCCAAGAAGAAGCGGCGGCGGCGGCGGCGGAACAAGAAAAAGAAGCGCCCGAGGAAGAACAAAGCCGGCUCCUCCCCGGAGCAACAAGAGCUUCUUCCCUCGCUGGCCGACGACGCCGACGACGAUGCCGACGUACACGACUACAUUGGCAGGUGCCAGCGGGAGGGCCAGACGCUGCCCAUGAUCCGGGCGCACCGGUUGUGGGAGCUGCACCAGCUGGAGUCGGCCUCCCAGCAGGCGCCCGAGCCCGCUCGCAGCUUCGACCGCGCUGCUGUCCGGAGGGUGGAGGUUUGGCUGAUCGCCGACAGGACGCCGGAGUUUGGGUGGGAUUAUUCGGACGGGUACUUUUUUUAGCUGCUCGUGCUUCUUAGUUUUUUAUAUAUGGUUUCACGGGUGUUUCGGAGGGUUUGACAGUCAACCCUCGAUCACCUUUUGUCUAGUGAAUGAUACCCAUUUGGUUUCUCUUAAUCGAUAGUGAUUAGCAGUGGUUAUCCCGUGAUGAUAGUAUGACUGGACGAUAGUAGACUGCCGCCUGAAACCCCUUUCCGACUGACGUAGCCUCAUACCGACGGAACUGACACGAGGUAUGAAAACCAUACGGGCACCUCGGGCCCAUCGGCGGAAGCCACGAGCUGACCAAGGUUUUCCAUCACUUUUGCACAAUGCAGUCAGACACCAAACUGUGGGAGUAUUAUC